UAAAAAAGGAUAUAUCCACUGCCUUCUCAACGUUGGCUAUAUAUACUUGACUUCCGUUUCUCUUGUAGUUGUAGGUCUUUUAGUCGCACUCCGAUUCUCAUACCUAAUUACGGUGAAAUCGGAAUCCAUAUCUUCAGAAAUUUGACUCAACAGAUCUUGAAAUAGAAUCGUGAAUAAUGGCCCAACACAGACAUAUUGAAUUUGAGCAAGGAUGGUCCAACAUUCAGAAAGGUAUUACCAAGCUGAUAAGGAUUCUAGAAGGAGAGCCUGAACCAGAAUUUCAUUCUGAUGAAUAUAUGAAUAUUUACACGAUUAUCUACGAUAUGUGCAACCAGAGAUCCGAUUACUCACAGCAGCUAUAUGAUAAGUAUCGUAAAGUAAUUGAAGAUUAUAUUAUACAAACGGUGUCCCCGUCUUUAAGGGAGAAGCAUGAUGAAGAUAUGCUAAGAGAUCUUGUUAAGAGGUGGGAUAACCAUAAAGUUCUGGUUAGAUGGUUAUCCAGAUUAUUCCAUUAUGUUGACCGACACUUUGUUCUUCGGAGUAAGAUUCCAAUUCCAACACUAGAUGAAGUUGGAUUGUCAUGCUUUCUUGACCUGGUUUAUCAUGAGAUGCAGUCCACAGCCACAAAAGUUGUAUUAGCACUUAUUCAUAAAGAACGUGAGGGCGAACAGAUUGAUAGGGCACUAAUGAAGAACGUAUUAGAUAUCUACGUGGAGAAUGGGAUGGGAACAUAUGAAGAGGAUUUUGAAAGCUUCAUGCUUGAAGAUACUGCUUCUUACUAUUCUCGUAAGGCGUCAAGGUGGAUCGAGGAGGAUUCUUGUUCUCAUUACAUGCUAAAGGUUGAAGAGUGUCUAAAGAGGGAGAGGGAGAGAGUCACUCACUAUCUCCAUUCAAGCACUGAACCCAAAGUAGUUGAGAAAAUACAAAAUGAAUUGUUGGUAAUGGUUGCAAAAAACCGUCUAGAAAAUGAGCAUUCAGGGUGCUGUGCAUUGCUAAGAGAUGACAAGAAGAAUGAUCUCUCUAGGAUAUACAGUCUUUAUCAUCCAAUCCCUCAAAGGUUGGGACGUGUUGCAGACUUAUUCAAGAAGCAUAUUACUGAAGAGAGGAAUGCUCUUAUCAAACAAGCUGACGACGCAACCACUAAUCAACUACUAAUUGAGCUACACAAUAAGUACAUGGUCUAUGUCACCGAGUGUUUUCAGAACCACACCCUCUUCCAUAAGGCACUGAAAGAGGCAUUUGAAAUCUUAAGAAGUCAGGGAGGAAGUGAGAAGCUUUUUUUGUGAUGAAGGUAGGAUUUGAGAAAGUAGAUUUUUUUCUCUUCUUUACUGCUUAUGGAUACUACUACAUCCACAUGAACAAAGGAACUUGGCCAAACUAGAAUUACGAUAAAAGCGAAAAGCUAAACCAAAUCAGUUUUAUAGAGUCUCAUUUGAUUUUGGUUCUUAAAUUAUCUAAGACAAUCAAACAUAACCUGUUAUGUUCCUUUCCAAGUUUGACUAGGAUUUGCUUC